AUUUUUAAGAUUUCUUAAGAUUUCUUAUUAGUUUAUCGGAACUUAUGAAAAUCAAUAUUAAAAGCUGGCACGCAGUUGCAAGCUGGCACUGGAAUGUUCCAGAAGAUGAUGUAUGUGGGAUUUGUCGAGUUCCUUUUGAUGGUUGUUGCCCUGAUUGCAAAAUGCCAGGUGACGACUGUCCAAUUGUAUGGGGGAAAUGCAAUCAUACUUUUCAUAUUCAUUGUAUUAUGAAAUGGCUAAAUACAGAAUCAUCUAAAGGUCAAUGUCCUAUGGAUCGAAGAAAAUUUGAGAUCCGUACAUAGAACAUAAUUCAAAGGCUUAUACAACAUUCUAAAGAUGUAUAAUUUC